UAACAAAGUUAGCAAGCCGAGGUCUUUGAGGGUUAACAGAAAUGGCUAUGGCGUCCUGCCGUGGUUCAUACAAGGAAUACGACAUCAGAAAACGGAACCCAAACCCUAAAACUUCGGUUCUCUUAGUAAUCGAUAUGCAGAAUUACUUCUCCUCCAUAGCCAAACCCAUAAUCCCCGCCAUCACCGCCACUAUCGCCCUCUGCCGACGAGCCUCCAUUCCAGUAAUCUUCACGCGCCACUCCCACAAGUCCCCCGCCGACCACGCCAUGCUCGGCGAGUGGUGGGGCGGCGACCUCAUUCUGGACGGGACGACAGAGGCCGAGCUGAUGUCGGAGAUCGGGCGGAUGCCCACCGACAAGGUGGUGGAGAAGACCACGUACAGCGCGUUCAGGGGCACGCGCCUCGAGGAGUACUUGGCGGAGAGGGGCGUGGAGGAGGUCAUCGUGUCGGGGGUGAUGACGAACCUGUGCUGCGAGACGACGGCGCGUGAAGCGUUUGUGAGGGGCUUUAGGGUGUUCUUCUCCACGGACGCCACGGCGACGGCGACGCCAGAGAUGCAUGAGGCGACGCUGAUGAAUAUGGCUUAUGGAUUUGCGUAUCUGGUGGACUGUGAUCGCCUGGACAAGGGCCUGUUUGGGAAUUAGGUGGGUUUUCAUUUCACGUGUUGUUCAAAGUUGAGAUCCAAAUAGUUGGGUAUAAUAUUAGUUAUGAUUUCAGUUCAUUAACAGGCCUAAUUAAAUUAUCGAUUGAAAUUAUUGGAAUUUCAAGGAAAA